ACGACUCCCAUUCGCUUUCACCAUGAACUCAUCGUUCCCCACCGCAAGUUAAAGAUGCUAGCGGAAACAACACCACCAGGCGCCAGUCCACCACCAGCACCACCACCAGCACCACCACCAAUAAUCUUUCCUCCACGUGUCAGCAACGCUUCACAUUCUUCUCUUUCUAUUUCUAUCUCUCUGGCGCGCGCACAACUGGGCCAAACCAAACAAGAUUUAUGUUAUUUAUCCCUGUGUUGCUGAUGAAAAGGAACCGCACUAGGAAUUAAAUUCUGUUAAUUUCCCUGUUAUGGAUAAUCCAAUUCUGGACGGGAAUAAUGCUUUCUUUCGAAAUUCCGAGUUAAGGAUUUGUUAGAUGUCUCGUUCCCCGCUUACACCUUCAUUGCCUACUUUUAUUCGCACAUAUCUUCUGGUAUCCGAUUCUUCUUCUUCUUUAUUUUCUCAUCACCUCGCCACUCCGAGAUGCCUAUAUAAAUCCAGGAUGCGAAUAACCAAGAGGCCCGUUUCCUUCAGCCUUUCUCUCUUUUCUCUAGAGUUUAGUAUUACGUCUCCUUACUGCUCCCGGAUUAGCCUUAAUUCGGGAUUUCUUGGGAAACCGAAUUGCUUUGUUUCAAAAACCAGAGGAAUUCACACCGGAGGAGUUAAUCAGUUGUAUGCCAGCUAUACAAUGGAUGACAAGACAUCUCAGUUUCAGCAUAUGGCUGGCACUGAUUGUGUUCAAGAACCAUGUAUAUGGUCGUCUCCUGAAGGAGGGCGUCCAAUCGAAAUGGGAAAACAGAUCUUCUGCAACAGAUCACUGAAUAUGAGGAAUAUUUUAGCUGUAGGCUUUGAUAUGGAUUACACAUUGGCACAGUAUAAACCUGAAACCUUUGAGUCCCUUGCAUAUGGAGGCACAAUCAGAAAGUUGGUGUAUGAUCUGGGUUAUCCUCAAGAGUUGCUAGGGUGGUCAUUCGACUGGAAAUACAUGGUCAGAGGCUUGGUUCUUGAUAAGAAGAGAGGCAAUAUUUUGAAGAUGGAUCGCCAUAAAUAUGUGAAAGUUGCUUACCAUGGAUUUCGAGAAAUGUCUAAGGAAGAAAAAGUCGGUACUUAUGGAAAUACACUGAUACGAGAUUCUUUUGAUGAGCCCGAUUAUGCACUCAUUGAUACUCUUUUUUCGUUAGCUGAGGCCUACUUGUUUGCUCAGCUUGUGGACUUUAAGGACAACAACCCAGGAAAAAUUCCUGAGGGAGCUGAUUAUGCUCGUAUGUACAAAGAUGUUCGAGCUGCAGUUGAUUUGUGUCAUCGUGAUGGAACUCUAAAGCAAAUGGUUGCAAAAGAUCCAAAAAGGUAUGUCAAUGAGGAUACAUCUAUAGUUCCCAUGCUCAAAAUGCUCCGAGAUUCUGGCCGUUCAACAUUCUUGGUGACAAAUAGUUUAUGGGACUAUACAAAUGUUGUGAUGAAUUUUUUGUGUGGAUCCCACAUCUUGGAUGGUAUUAGAACUUGCAAUUUUGAUUGGCUUAAGUACUUUGAUGUUGUCAUCACUGGCAGUGCAAAACCAGGCUUUUUCCAUGAGGAGAAUCGUGCUAAUCUUUUUCAGGUUGAACCUGAAUCUGGAAUGCUACUCAAUACUGAUAAUGGCACUCCAAUGCCUCAGGUUGGAAAUAGUUCACCAAAGAUAGUAUUGAAGGAAUCAAAUGCGCCUUGUCGAGUUUUCCAGGGAGGCAGUGUUGGUCAUCUUCAUAAACUGCUCUCAAUCGAGUCAAGUUCACAGGUUCUUUAUGUGGGAGAUCAUAUUUAUGGAGAUAUUUUACGCAGCAAAAAGGUUCUUGGUUGGAGAACAAUGCUUGUUGUUCCAGAGCUUGAGAGAGAGGUUGAACUGCUUUGGGGUUUAAGGGACUCACGAAAGCAACUUAGAUUGAUGAGGAAUGAGCGUGAUCAAAUUGAAGACCAAAUACACCAUCUGAAGUGGUCUCUUAAAUUUGAUGAUCUUAAUGCUGAUCAGAAGGAGAAGAUGUCUGUUGCUAUGAAUGAAUUGGAGUUGCAAAGGGAUCAGGUAAGAAUAAGUCACCAACAGGCGCAACGGGAAUGUCACCAAAAGUUUCACAAGAUCUGGGGUCAAUUAAUGAAGACUGGUUAUCAAAAUUCUCGGUUUGCACAUCAGGUUGAGAGAUUUGCCUGCCUUUAUACUAGCCAAGUUUCCAAUUUAAGCCUGUAUUCCCCUGACAAAUAUUACAGACCAAGUGAAGACUUCAUGCCACAUGAAUUUGGUAUUCUGCCCCUGUGAUCCAUAUUUUGAGGGAGCUUAAUCCCCUUUCUGCCUGGAUGCUUUAGUUAAAAUUUGCUGCUGCACCUCUGUAUUUAAAUCGCACAUCAAAAUCUUUUUUGAUGAUAUAAUUGCUUGUAACUGUAUCAAAUGUUAAACAUUUUAACUUGCCCUCAUACGUUCUAUUUCA